AGAAGAGAAAGUAUAUAGGUAUUACAAAGCAAGAGAAGGGGGGACAAACGGAGGGAAUAGAAAGAGAAGAAAGAGGCAGAGAAGAGAAAAGGGGCGGGAGAGAGAGAGAUCGAGAGAGAGAGAGAGAGAGAGAGACAUGGGAAGAAAAAGGAGAGGAAAAAGUAAGGAACCGAAGGAGGGAGAAGGGGGAAAAGGAGGAGGAGGAAAAGAGGGAAAGAAAAAAGGGAGAAGAAGAGAGCAAGGACAAAAGAGGCAGGUGAGAAGAGUCAUGAGGUAACUACAUGUAGAUACCGACUCCAUCCACACACCUUUCAGCUAUACUGUGUAUAUACAUUACCUGGAACUGGUUGAGUGCCCUAAUGAUGGUGACCUGCAUGAAGUCGGCCAUCACGUUCCCAUCCAUGAUGACACAGAAACCGUUGGCUCGGGCCUCCUCCCUGCACCAAUCACAGGCAAUGUGUGACGGAAAGUAUGUUGGGAGCGGUCGUGUGCAAGAUGGAGACAUACAGCGAACAGAGUGGCUACAUUGCCAUGCUGGCUGUAGACAAGGACUACCGGAAGAGAAGAAUAGGAUCAACCCUUGUGAAGAUGACCAUAAAACAGAUGGCAGCCGAGGGAUGCUGUGAGGUUGUUUUGGAAACGGAAGUGACUAAUAAAGUGGCUCUAUCUCUCUACGAAAACCUGGGGUUUAUACGAGAGCGGUAUCUCCAUCAGUACUACCUCAACGGUGUGGAUGCAUAUAGAUUGAAACUCUGGCUCAGAAUUAUCUAGUGCCGGCCCCCUUCUGUCACAUUUCAUCACAUUUCUAUCAGAAGCCGUCAGUAUUGUGUUGUGUAAAAGAAUUAUUGCGGGCUGCAUAUCUUUCUUUCAAAAGUGGUAAGUGGUACAUAGCGUUUGUGUUCAAUAGUGAAAAUUAUUUCUGGGAAAUCCAAAUUUCAUUCAGCGAAAAAUGUAUGCCUUGCAGUGUUACAACUCUAGUUGAAAAUAGUAAAUGAUUAAUGAGCUAAGGAGUUUGAUAAUUCUAUGAUGUCCCUGACUUUCUCUAUGGUGGUUCCAUUCUACACUGUGUCUGCUUGGUAGCGCUGUCCCUGCCUCCUGACAUAGUCAGUCAUGUACGGCAUCCGAAGAACAUUCUCAAAAUGAGUCUUCUCGUCAUCGCUGUUGACAGUCCACGUCACCAGUCUAACGCCUCGACCGUACCACAGAUCUGGAUC